UAUUGGUCAAGUUAACAUUCACACACCGACCAUCUGCUUGUUGGGGGUUCACAAGAGAUCAGUUGUAUCGAGAAUCUUGUGACGACGACAUGCACAUUUGCUACACAACCCUCUACUAACAACAACAACAACGAUUUUAUUGAAAUAUGGGGAGGCUUUUAUUGACAGCAUGGCUCGCUAUGAGCUAUUGUCUCCCGGGAUUAACCACUGCAUCGCAUCCUCGGGAAAACGAAUUGGACAGCCACGAGACCCACCCCAUCAACCCGAAAUCACCGGCGAGCGUUUUACACGAUGAAGUGGAUAUCCUUAAACUGAUGAAUGUAUCGGCUAAAGAUCAGGGUGUGUCUUUAGUCGAAGGCCCGAUAACCAAUUUCCCUGCUUACAAAUUCCGCCUUCCUUACGGAAACGUACCCUUACCCAAUUCAACAGUUGUUACAACUGCUAUGAAUAGUCCCGAAGGAUUCACCGUCGUCUUUCUCUAUCGGCAACAGAAAAACAACUUGGGUACGCUCAUUUCGGUUAACUCGCCAGGAAGACUCACGCCUUGGUUUCAGUUAAAUUCCAAUUCGAAAAUGGCUCUACUCAUGCUGAAAUAUAGAAUUGAAGGAUCGCCGAAACUGAGACAAAUGGAUUGGGAAUUGCCGAAACACCAUCGCAAAUCACCUUUAGCCGCUUGGACGUGGCUCUCAGUCAGUGUGGAUUUUACCACUGGCAUCGUCCGGCUGGAUCUUGAUUGUCAGCCUAGUCGAUUCGAAUCUCUCACUCCCGGAAAUGACCAGAGUCAUAUCAGCAUCCCACAGGACGCUCUUGUUUAUUUCAGACAAGAGCCAGGCAGAAAGAAGAAGUUUCUGGGAUCUAUGCAAGUCGCUAAAGUUCUUCCUUAUGUUCAGCAACAACGGCUAUGGACUUGUGUCGAAAUCUCCUCAAAUCUCGCUCCAGAAUUACGUAAACCUCUUUUGUAAAUUCAAGACUAUUGUUGCACAAAAUUGUGAUAUUAAAACCUCAACGCCAACGAAACUGGCAACUUAUUUUAAAAUGGAGACAUAGUGUUACUGUUUAUUAUUUAUUAUGGAAUGAUAAUAACUAUUGUAACGAAUAAAAUUAAUCCAAAAUU